AUGGCUUCCAACGAUCGCGACCGCUUCGACGACUCCGAGGACGAGGAGGACUUCAACCCUGCGCCUGCCGACAUGUCUGACGACGAGGAGGCUAAUGACGCCUCCAGCCGGGCGCGAGACAGCAGCCCCAAUCGCCGCCAGGAGGCCGACGAUGACGAGGAGCCCACGCCUGCCAAGUCGCGCAGGGCUCGGGAUGAGGAUGAAGAUGAAGAAGAAGAAGACGAGGAAGAGGAAGCGGGUACUCGUGGUCGCCAUGACGAUGACGACGAGGAGGAAGAAGAGGAAGAAGAGGAUGACGAGGAUGAGGAUGAUGUUCAACAUGGUCAUCGCAGAAAGCGCCAGCGCGAUAGGCGGAACGCCUUCAUCGAUAUCGAGGCCGAAGUCGAUGACGAAGACGAGGGUGAGGACGACGAAAAGGAUGGUGAGGAAAUAGAAGACUUCAUCAUCGACAACGCCCACCCCGACGACCUGGUCGAGAGCUCGCGACUGGACGAUGACCGACGACACCGCGAGCUCGAUCGCCGCCGCGAGCUGGAGUCCAGCAUGGACGCCGAGAAACAGGCCGAGAUCCUGCGCCAGCGGUACGGCAAUCGACGACCCGGCAAGAGCUUUGGCGACUCGGCCGUUGUGCCCAAGCGCCUUCUCCUCCCUAGUGUGGACGAUCCCAGCAUCUGGGCCGUGCGAUGCAAAGAAGGCAAGGAGCGAGAGGUCGUCCUCUCCAUCAUGAAGCGAGUGGAUGAGCGAAGAGGCACAAAGGACGAGCUGGCCAUUACCGCGGCUUUUGAGCGCGGCGGCCCAGAUUCCGUCAUGAAGAGCUUCGUCUACGUCGAGACCCAGAGGCAGACUGAUAUUCUCGUCGCCCUCGAUGGUAUUCUCAACGUCUAUCCCCACUCCAAGCUGACGCUGGUGGAUAUCAAAGACAUGCCCGAGCUGCUGCGCGUCACCAAGACGCCGACCCUGGAGCCGGGCGCCUGGGUGCGACUGCGCAAGCCGGCCAAGCACAAUGGAGACCUGGCUCAGGUCAUUGAUGUCACCGAAAACGGCCUGGAGGCGAGGGUCCGUUUCAUUCCUCGACUCGACUACGGCAUGCGCGACGAGGCGCUCUCUGCCGUAACUGCAGACGGGAAGCGCAAGAGGGCCCCGGGAAUGGGCCCGCGGCCGCCCCAGCGGCUCUUCAGCGAGGUGGAGGCGCGAAAGCGUCAUCCGCGCCACAUCCAGGGCAACCCGACGACCAACACCUGGACAUACAUGGGUGAGGAGUUUGAAAACGGCUUCCAGGUCAAGGACGUCAAGAUCCAGCAGCUCGUGGUCACGGACGUCAACCCGUCGCUGGAAGAGGUGACGCGAUUCGCCAGCGGUGCCGACGAUGGCACCGAGAACCUGGACCUCAAGGCGCUGGCGGCCAGCUUGAAGGACAGCAACACGCUCGUCACGUACCUGCCCGGCGAUAUCAUCGAGGUGUAUGCUGGAGAGCAGAGAGGCGUCGUGGGCAAAGCUACCAAUGUGCAGGGCGACAUUGUCACCAUGUUCGUCACCGAGGGCGACCUCAAGGGCCAGAGCAUCGAGGUGCCCAUCAAGGGCCUCCGCAAGCGCUUCAAGAUUGGUGACCACGUCAAGGUGAUUGGCGGCAGCAAGUUCCAGGAUGAGGUCGGCACGGUGGUCAAGAUAUCCGAGGACCGCGUCACGCUCCUGACGGACCACACAAACAAUGAAGUGACAGUCUUUAGCAAGGAUUUGCGGGAGGCCAGCGACAUUGGCGGACAGGGAUCGCUCGGCCAGUACGAGCUCCACGACCUUGUGCAGCUCGAUCCCACCACGGUCGGCUGCAUUGUCAAGGUGGACCGGGAGUCGCUGGUUGUGCUGGACCAGUUUGGAGACACUCGCCAAGUCAUGCCAUCCCAGAUCCCCAACAAGCUGCCCAAGAGGAAGCAGGCGGUUGCCGCUGAUCGGGAGGGUUCAGAGAUCCGCCUGGACGACGUGGUCAAGGAGUUUUCCGGGCAGCAGCGCCAGGGCAAGAUUAUCCACAUCCACCGCUCGUAUGUGUUUUUGCACACGCACGCGACGAACGAGAAUGCUGGUGUCUUUGUCACCAAGGCGAGCAUGGUUAACACGAUCGCUGCUAAGGGAGGCCGUGUUAACGCAGCAGCGUCGGGCCCUGACUUGUCCACCAUGAACCCGGCCCUCAAGAUUCACAAGAACGGCACCGAGAACAAGCCGAUUGCCAAGACGUUUGGUCGGGACCGCGCCAUCAACCAGACCGUCAUCAUCAAGAAGGGAUACUACAAGGGCCUCCUGGGUAUCGUCAAGGACACGACGGAUACGCACGCUCGCGUCGAGCUGCACACCAAGAACAAGACGAUUACGCUUCCUAAGGAUUCUCUCAGCUACAAGGACAAGAUCACGGGCACGACCAUUGACAUCAACGGCAGAGGACGGCCGACGCCGGGCGGAGCAGGGCGCGGCUCCGGGGACAGGGUGCCUGGCUGGCAAGGAGGAUCCCGCACGCCAAUGGGCGCUGGAGGUUCAGACCGCGUUCCCGCUUGGGGAUCACGAACUCCUAUGGCAGGUGGCCGUACACCGGCGUGGAAGGGCCAGGAUUACUCUGGAUCGCGGACGCCGGCUUGGGCUGACGGAUCGAGGACUGUCAAUCCGUAUGACGGAAGCCGGACAGCCUACGGUUCGGGCUCACGCACGCCCGCCUGGCAAGCUGGUGCUAGAACCCCGGCGGCAGGCGACGCGUUCGGGGCCGGUUCACGCACUCCGGCAUACGCUGGUGGAGGGGACAGCUGGAAUUCCGGCUCCAAGACGCCGGCCUGGGGUGUUUCGGCGCCGACGCCCGGGGCCAGCGGCAACGACUCCUGGGGCUACACUCCAGCGGCGACGUCUUCCGCCGCCUACGAUGCCCCGACUCCCGGGGGUGCCAUGUCAGCUCCUACUCCUGGUGCCUUGAGCGCGCCCACGCCCGGUGCCUACAACGCUCCCACCCCGGGAGUUUCAGCGACUCCUGCCGGCGGCUGGCAAGGCGGAUGGGGAGGCCCGGACUCGGCACCAACACCAGCGGCUGGUGCUCCCACGCCGUCUGCUGGAUACGGAGGCUACUCAGCCCCAACGCCUGCAGCUUACGCGCCCGAGACGCCUGCGGCUAGUGGUCCGAGGUACACGGAUGAUGAUUGA